AUGAGCAGUGUCUUACCAAUGGAGGAGCCAACCGAAACUGUGUCAGCCGCUAAUACAAACACCGAGAUAGACAUUAUGGACAUUUUGGAAAUUCCAAGAGCCCCUGAUAAAACCACAAAACCUCGAAAGAAAAGAGCAAGAACGUUUCCGUUGGAAUACUGGAAAGUGGAACCACCAUGGCAACAAAUCGAGGAAGAAAUCGAUGAGGCGAUUUUUUUGACCUGGAAAGAGCAGGAUAGAGUAGCAAAUAAUAAAAUACAAAUGGCUUUAGAUAAGAAGAAAGAAAUGGCUGAAACUUCGAAAAUAGACUCAAAAAAGGCAGAAAAAGUUAAGAUUCAGGGGCCGACAGUUAAGAAAGUAAAGAUUCAAAAGGAGAUUUCAAACGAAACUAAACAAGCGAGGCUGGAGAAAUUGAAGGCUUGUCAAGAGAGAAUUACGGAGAAGAGAAAAGCGAAAAAGCUUCAAGGACAAGAAAAACGGAAGGAGGACCUGUUGAAAAAGUAUGGAAGUAUUGAACUUCGAAAGUUAAAAAUGUAA